AUCAUUAUCACAAUGAUAUUUAUUUUGAAUUUGAAAGAAAUAAUAGGAAGCCAUUUAGAAUGAAGCUUUUGUGAAAGCUUUGUUGUGAUUUAAAAAGUGUAAAAUAAUUGUUUCUGAUGUGAAAAUUAAAACUGCUCACCUUACAGAUGUAUUAAAGGCGGGGACAUCUGACAAUCUUAUAAUCAAAUCAAAAAAUAAUCUUUGCACAAUGAAUAAUUUGAUUUCAAGAGAAAGUGGGUGUUCUUAAAAUGAGUGAGCACAAAUUUUGGUGUGGGUUGACACCAUUGAAGAUUUCAUCGUCACAAAAUGUACCUGAUAAAGUUGUGAAACUGUGUUCUAUAGGCACAGACUGCAUCGUCUUAGGAAGCGAUCAUGGAGUGUAUUAUUGUACCAUUGUAGAAGAUUCAUUAAAUUUUAAAAAGGUUACAGGCAUUUCAGCAAUCGACAUAUCUUAUCACAACGAAACACUUUAUGUUAUUGAUGUCCAUGGAAGACUUUAUAAAACAAAUAUCAAUUUUACAAACAAAGAAGAAAUUGUUGUUAAAGAGGAUUCCAGAUGUUGUCCUCAUGGUUUCAAAAGUAACAGUUAUAAAGUGAAGUUUAGAAAUGUAGUGACAAGUGAUUUUGGGCAGCUUUUUAUUAGCAGUGAAGGCCAAUUAUGGGGUUCAGGUGUUAUGCCACAAAUAGCUUUAGAUAGUUCUAGUAUUAAAAAAGUUCCGUUUUUCGAAGGAAGAACAGUGUACAGUGCGUCUGUGGGACAAAAUUUUGGUGCUGUAAUUGUUAGGAAGAAUGUAAAGCACUCUAGUAAUUGUGACACUGAUAGUGACAAUGACGAUGAGGAAGUGUUUGCAUCAAAUUGUUCACAAUGUCAGACAAUAAUUGGGCUUGCAUCUCCUGCAUCAGUCCCAUCUUUAUCAGAGACUUGUCCUCUCGGAGUACACAUCAGUAAAUCUAGUGAAGAUUCCAGCAGUACUACAGCACCACAAACAGAUGUCCAUGUUGAUGCUCAAAGUUUUACUGAAGACUCUAGUCCCUCCUCUGAAGAAUCAAAGAUUACAAAAGAUAAGUUUCAAAGUAAUAAUUUAGAAAGUAAUGAAAAACAAGAUAAUGAAUUAGGUAAUAAUGAUAAGGAAGAGGAAGAAAAUGAAACAGCUCAAGGAAGUACUGACAAAAUAAACAAUAUCUUUAUUAAUACUGAUGCCGCAAGACAAUUUUUAAGUAGACAGCUAUCUUGGGUAUCAGUGGGUGAAGAUUAUUUGGUUGAAUACACUGAGAAACCGACUAGAAUAAUUAAAGAAAAUGUAUCAAAUCUUACAAACCUAGUAUAUGAAGGGGUGAAGACUGUUGGUGAUAAAGUUGCCACAUUGUCCAGACAUGUAAGUGGUAGCAGUGAUAACAAUGAUAUUGAACCUCAAAGUAAUGUUCAAACUGAAGAAGUCAACUCUCUUAUGUACAGUUGUGCAUCAAAUGGAAAUUAUGAAGAUUUACAAUUUUCAACAAGUACAAUCAGUAGUGAGAAAGACUUUGAAGCAGCGAGGAAGACUGAAAGUCUUAAGAAUAUGUCUAAACUUGGUAAAAAUAUUUUGGCUACUGAAUUAUGGACUUGGGGUGAUAUAACAUAUGGACAACUAGGAAUUGGAGAUACAGUUAAAAGAAUCAAGCCAAUGGUAGUUAUGAGUUUAUCAGGUUUUGGAUUGCAAAAGGUAUCAUGUGGUAAAUGGCACUGUGCUGCUCUAACAUUGGAUGGAAGAUUAUUUAUAUGGGGUUAUAAUCAUUUUCAUCAAGUUAGUUUUGAUUCCAGGGAAGAUAAAAGUGGCCCAAAACAAUUCACUGAAAAUUCUGAUAGUGACAGAAUAAGAGAUAUGAUUGCAACAGAUCAUCAUACACUUGCUUACACGCAAAAUGAGAAUGUUUUUUACAUGGGAAAGCAUAAUGAAGGUUUUACAGAAACCAUAGUGAAUUUAAAUGAUAAAAAAGAUGAAGAAAGUGAAAAUAUUAAAAAUCUUACUGUUAAAAUAAAUCAACCCCAAACACAUAGAAAGCCCCAAAACAUGUGCUAUCACUGGAGAGUUUUAUCAUCCGGCAACCUAAGUUAUUGUUCCCUAGAAGAAUCUAUUGUUAGUCCAGACUUUCAAAAUUUAUCUAUAUCUCAAAGAUAUUUAGAAGAAAUGAUAUUAAUUCACCAAACACUUGUUAAACCUUUUCUAAAGAAAAGUAAAGCAAUAACAUUACAUUCCAAUGUGUAUGAAAACUUAUGUGAUAUGUUUGGUGACAUUUUAAAUAUAACAGCUCUAAAUGUGCUAUCCAUUUGGCAAUAUGCUGAAAAGCACAUAAAUGAAUGUGAUAUACCUUUAAUAAAAAACAUAGAAGAGUAUAUUUAUUUGUAUAGAAAGUAUUACUUAGCUAUAAGCAAUUUGAUUGUUAUCGGUGGAUUUGCUCAUAUAAAUAAUGUUGUUGAUGUGCCAUCAAGUGUUUAUAAUCUAUUUAGUGAUCAGCUUCCAACAAACAAACAGAAAAAUAAUAAGAAAACCUUAGAAGCAGUUGUCGCAUUAGCUUUUGUUCAACCUUUAACAAGAUUAAGUUCAUACAAAUGUAUUGCCCAAACAUUACUGAGACAUAAAACUAAAAGAAAGAAAGGUGAAGUUAAAUUAAAUAUUGAGGAUAAAUUGAAUAAAGUCAUAUCAUCUUUGGACAAUUUAAUUGAUGAUCAAGAGAAGAAAAGAAAGGAGGCAGAUCUGACAAAAUUAUUUUGGGAAAGUAUUGGUAAACCUUUGGAGCAAUAUAGAACGCCCGAAAGACGAUUGGUGAGAGAGUCAAAAUCUCGACAGCUAAACUUAGUAAACCCUGGACGUUUUAGUACUCAUUGGUUUAUUUUGUUUAAUGACUUAUUUGUCCACAUGUGUGGUAGUGUCAUUAAUGUUCAUCCCAUUGAAACAUUAUGGGUUGAACCAGUGCCCAAUACUGAUUCUCUACAAAAUGCUAUACAACUUAUAACUCCGGAGGAAACCAUCUCAGUUUCAACAAUUACUGAGCAAGAGAAAACAGAAUGGAUUCAUUCAUUCAAUACUUCAAUAAGAACAGCUUUAAAUAAAGAAACUCUGUUUAAACCUCCGGCAGUCAGAACAGCUAGCUAUACAUUUUCAAGUAAAAGUACAUUUUACAAAGAAGCUAAAUAUCAAGGAAGAUGGUUGGAUGGGAAGAUGCAUGGUCAUGGUAAAGUGGAAUGGCCUGAUGGGAAACUUUAUGUGGGUCAGCUACAGUUUAACGCACUUUGUGGGCAUGGUAAAAUGGAAAUUCCUAACAUAGGCACAUACGAAGGCCAUUGGAAAGAUAAUCUCCAAAGCGGAUAUGGGGUAAUGAAAUAUAUUUCCGGUGAUAUAUACGAAGGCCAUUUCAAAGAGGGGAAUCCCCACGGUCAUGGUGUAAAGAAGCAGGGUGAUUUCAAGUCUUCGAACGCAACAAUUUACACCGGUGAAUGGGUGAACGGAGUACGCCAGGGUUACGGUGUAAUGGAUGACAUAAGUAAAGGUGAAAAAUAUUUAGGCAAUUGGAGUGAUAAUAAAAAACACGGUUGUGGCCUCAUCGUGACCUUGGACGGGAUUUACUACGAAGGAUUGUUCACGCAAGACGUUCUAACGGGUCAUGGUGUGAUGGUGUUUGAAGACGGAACUCAUUACGAGGGCGAGUUCCGUGCAGCUGGUGUGUUUUCUGGCAAAGGCGUGUUGACCUUCUCCAGUGGUGACCGCAUUGAGGGCUGCCUCAGCGGGGCCUGGACUGAUGGCGUCAAACUCACCAAUGCUGUCAUGCAGCUCAAUGUGUCAAACCCAGCGCCGCCUGCUAAUUCUAAACCUAAUUCAUUCGGCAAAUUGAGCGUCGCACCGAAUCAGAAAUGGAACGCUCUCUUCCGACAAUGUUUCCAAUGUCUCGGUGUGUCGGAUUCAUUGCUGACUCCGACGGGCAAUCACUUCGCGACCGGUCCUACCGCGCCCGCAGUGGACAACGUUAAGAUAUGGCAGAAUGUCGCAGUGGCUAUCUCCUGCUCUCACAAGGCAAAGCAUCGACCAGGGAAGGGAUCGGAUGUAGAGAAGUCAGUCGACUGUUUGGAAGUCAUACCGCAGUUCGGACAGAAGACAUUGAAUUAUGCUGAUUAUAUGGAAUUGAAGCAAUAUUUUUAUAAUGCCUGUGAGUCCAGCCACCACCCCGUGGGUGAGCUGGUGGUGGGUGUGAGCGGGGCGUUCAACACGACGUACGGGGGAGUGCGCGUGCACCCGCUGCUGCUGAGCCACGCGGUGGCGGAGCUGCGCAGCCUCACCGCGCGCCUCUACCGCCUCGUGCGUCUGCUCUUCCCCGCGCUGCCGCCCGACGGAGCUGACCUGCUGCUGCCAUAUCCUGACUCUCAACACAACGAUCCUAUUGAAGGCGAGGUGGUGAGCGGAGCGCGGCUGGUGCAGGGCGCGUUGUUACCGCGUGUGCACCCCGCGCUGUUCGUGUUGUACGCGCUGCACAACAAGCGCGAGGACGACCUGUACUGGCGCCGUCUGCUCAAGUGGAACCGUCAGCCUGACCUCGCCCUCAUGGCCUUCCUCGGCAUCGACCAAAAAUUCUGGGUCGGCUACCCCAACGGUCCGGGACAAACGUCGCCGGCGCAGGCGCAGCUGGAGCUGUUCCAGGAGGCGGUGGAGACGCUGCAGCAGCUGAAGACCACCUUCUCUCCCAUCGAGAAGCUGCUCGUCAUCCGCACCACCUUCCAGAAGAUGACCACAGCCGUGCAGCAGCAGCUAGGAUGCAGCUACCUGUGGGGCAUGGACGAGCUGUUCCCGGUGUUCCAGUGGGUGGUGGUGCGCGCGCGCGUGCUGCAGCUCGGCUCCGAGCUCCACUUCCUGGAGGACUUCCUGGAGCCCGGAGACCAGUGCGGGGAGCUCGGCCUCAUGUUCACCACCCUUAAGGCUUGUUAUUUUCAAAUACUUCAAGAGAAGAUGUCCAUCAAUUGAUAUCAAGUUAUUUAAAUAAAUGAUCUCACGAUACGUAACUACUGAAUAUCAUUUUAUACCAACAAAUUUACUUUCCGUAUGUCAAAGAACAUAUAUAUAUUUGAAUUAUUUUUAUAUGGCAACACAUAUAACUAUCAUUAUUUUU